GGGCCGGGCCUGGUAAAAUUUGGCAUGUGUAAAUGAAAUCCACAUGUCAGGUACCUAGAGGACACGUGUCGGUAGAUUGUGGAGGUGCUGACUCACAAGAGGUUGCCCAAACUUAUGGAACUUGUUCCCUUUUUACUUCUUCUGAACACGGGACGAAAAUCAUUGACGCUGGCUACGUUAACUCUACUCGCAGCAGUAGAGAAAUAGAGCAUACUCGCUCCCUUCAGAAUUGACUAUAAAUAUCAAACUUCAUCAACGAAUCCCUAAAAAGCGUGCAACUCACGCGCGCUCUGGCGUAAAAUAGACUAUAGAGCACCAAAAUUUCUGACCACGAUGAUAUUUUCUGUUUUCUCCGACAAAAAUCUCCGCCCUUCCCUAAAACUCCGCCACCGUCGCACCGCCGAAAUCCUUCGCCGGGAAAUCUCGCAUUAUUACACUGCCAAGAUAUAUCGCCGGAAUCCAUGGCCGCCACACUAACAAAGAACGGCGGCCUACUGAUCAAAACCCGCCGCGACCACCAAUCCCUACACUAUUUGUGGAAUACGAGGAUCAAAAGCUCCAUACCCGAACCCGCCGCAGCCCGGAAAAACACCGGCGACUACCAACUCCACCAAAUCAAACAGUUUUCCCGUUUCACACAACCCAUUUUCCGCAAGAACAAACGGAUCCAAUUCCCCCCUCCGAGCAAAGUAUCUCCGUCUUCCGAGAAAUCCGGGCUGGUGGGUUGGUACUUGAGAAUGCUCAAGACCCGACCCGUUUCCACCAAAAGCAUCACUUCUUCUCUCAUCUACGCCGCCGCCGACGUUUCCUCUCAGACGAUUGUGGGGGAGAGUAUUGAGAAAUAUAAUCUAGUGAGGACUCUUCGAAUGGCGGGAUACGGGCUGUUGAUACUAGGCCCUUCGGUGCAUUUCUGGUACAAUUUCAUGUCGAGAGUUUUCCCAAAGCGCGAUCUUUUAUCGACGUUUAAGAAAAUCGCGUUGGGGCAGACCGUAUACGGACCUUCCAUGACCGUCAUUUUCCUCUCCGUGAAUGCUUCUUUCCAAGGUGAAAGUGGUGCGGAAAUUGUAGCGAGAUUGAACCGUGAUUUGGUCUCUACCAUGAUUAACGGAGUAAUGUAUUGGCCGUUUUGUGAUUUCGUGACGUUCAAAUUCGUCCCCGUUCAUUUACAGCCACUAGUAACAAACUCGUUUUCGUACCUAUGGACUGUUUACUUGACUUACACGGCAGGUUUAGCAAAAGUUAGUACGAGUGAAUAACGUGUUUAUUUCGGCCGCUGAAAAUCGAAGAUGGAGAUCAAGAAGUUGCUCGUUUACGUUCUCAUUAAUCGAAUUACUUCUUUUCUCUAUUCCUUGUGUUUACUUCUUCGAUUGAUACGAUAUGAGGUUUUAUGUAUAUUUGUACUCUAAUUGCUUGCAGAAUUUUCAUAAUGUAACAUUUAAUGAAAUUACUGAAAAAAACAUAUGAGAUCUUUAUGA